CGGAAAACUUCUAUAGUUCCAUGGCCUUUUUUUCUUUUUCUUCUUCUUCUUUUAAAUUUAACUAUUUUUUUUGGUUUCUUUUACCUUUAUUUAUUGCUUAUUAUAUUUACCCUUUGAUGUCUCCUAAUCAACAACAACAUUCUUCUUCAAGACAAGUAUUACCUACAAAUGUCAAACCUUUUCACUAUGAUAUCUGGUUGAAACCUCAUCUUGAUACCUUUGUUUUUGACGGUCAAGUAAAAGUCAAUUUGAAUGUGUUAGAACCGACACGCGUCAUUACUUUGAAUGCAUACGAAAUUAGUAUUACGUCGGCUAUUCUUGUUUUUGGUAGUAUCAAUGUAUCCUCUAUUGAUAUUGAAUAUGACACGAAGAAAACACAAGUCUCUCUUACUUUUCCUGAAGAAGCUCCUGCUAACUCUAAGGCGGUUUUGGAUAUUAAGUUUAAAGGUAUUUUGAAUGAUCAAAUGACUGGAUUCUAUCGAUCAUCUUACAAGGAUAAACAAGACAAUACAAGAUAUUUGGCUACCACUCAAUUUGAACCUACUGAUGCACGCCGAUGUUUCCCGAAUUGGGAUGAGCCUGCUUUGAAAGCUACUUUUGAUGUCACUCUGGUGGUUCCAAAUGAUUUGACAGCUUUAUCCAAUAUGAAUGUUAUCAAUGAAGAAGAACUAAAAGGAUCAGAUAAUGGAUGGAAACAAGUAAAGUUUGCUACUACUCCUAGGAUGAGCACUUAUCUUCUUGCAUUUGUCGUGGGUUCCUUUGAAUAUAUUGAAGCUUAUACUUCAGGUAAAUACAAUGGUCAACCUAUUCAAACUCGUGUCUAUACUUUACCUGGAUCUAGUCAAAAUGGUUAUCUUGCUCUUAGUGUUGCAACCAAAGCUCUGGAAUUCUUUGCUGAACAGUUUGGUGAGCCUUAUCCAUUACCCAAGAUAGACAUGGUGGCUAUUCCUGAUUUUGAAGCUGGUGCUAUGGAAAACUGGGGCCUUGUCACAUACCGCACUAUUUAUUUACUUUUUGAUGAAAAGGAAUCUUCUAUCCAAUUCAAGAAACAUGUUGCUUAUACUGUUUGUCAUGAACUAGCACAUCAAUGGUUUGGUAAUUUGGUGACGAUGCAAUGGUGGAACGAACUGUAUUUGAAUGAAUCAUUUGCUACAUGGGUUGGAUGGCUUGCCGUGGAUAAUAUCUUUCCAGAUUGGGAUAUAUGGACUAGUUUUGUCAAUGAUAUGUCAGCUGGUCUCAAGUUGGACGCUCUAAGAUCAUCUCAUGCUAUCGAAGUGGAUGUGGCGGAUGCUUCGGAAAUUCAUCAAAUCUUUGAUGCGAUUUCAUAUGACAAAGGAGCAAGUGUGAUUCGAAUGCUAAGUUCUUGGCUUGGUGUGGAUACUUUCUUGGGUGGUAUACGUCUUUAUAUUCAACGACACAAAUUAGCUAAUGCAUCAUCCAAUGAUUUAUGGCAUGCUCUUGGUGAAUACGCUGGACUGGAUGUUGGCAAAUUUAUGACCUUGUGGACCAAACAUGUUGGCUAUCCUGUAUUGACUGUCCAGACUUCAGGUCUCGAUUCUAUCAAUGUGACACAAACGCGUUUCCUUUCUACUGGCGAUUUGAAUAAUCAAGAUGAAAUAACGACUUGGUGGGUCCCACUUCAUAUGUUAUGUUCCAAUGGUCAAAUAGAACCUUAUAUCCUCACAGAAUCUUCUCAAACUUUCAAAAUUCCAGAAGAUGGUCUAUUCAAACUCAAUGCUGGACAAACUGCAUUUUAUCGUGUGAACUAUCCUCAAACUAUUAUUUUACAACUAGCAGAACAAAUCAAGCAACAUCCACCAGGCAAGGGAUUAUUAGCCAGUACAGCGGAUCGGGUCGGCUUGAUUAGUGAUGUCGGUAGUUUGAUGGUUAGUGGAGAACAAUCGACUAUUGCCUUUUUGGAAUUGGCUAGAGCAUUUGAACAUGAAACCGAAACUUUUGUAUGGUCCCAAUUAUCCAGUCAUUUGAAAUCUUUAAUUAGUGCGUUUGAUGAACAACCUGAGCAAGUAGUGAAUGGGCUUUUAUCUGUUCGAAGACAACUAUUUGGACCAGUAGUUGACCGUUUAGGUUGGGAAAUACGUGAAGGUGAUGAUGACUUGACGCAUAUGCUACGUUCCUUAGCUAUAUCGAAUGCAGGUUUAUCCAAACAUCAAACCAUUAUUCAAGAAGCCAAAACAAGAUUCUGGUCGUUUAUACAAGGUAACACUCAAUCUCUCCAUCCCAAUCUUCGUAGUACUGUAUUCAAGAUUGUGCUGACUGAAACGACCAAUAAUGACAACAACAAUAACGAAUUGGCAAGGGCUUGGGAAGCGCUUCUGGCUAUGUAUCAGGAUGAAAAUCUACCCAGUGAUCAACGCUUGAUGAUUCUAGUUGCUUUGGGUUGUGUCAAGGAUGCUGAAUUGAUUCAACGAUAUCUCGCUAUGGGUGAAACUCAAGUUCGUUCUCAAGACGUUGUUUAUAUUUAUUCAUCAUUGAGCGACAAUUCAAUGGGACGUGAUGCACUGUGGAUGCACUUUACUGAACAUUACGAGGCGCUGCAUACCAGAUUUGGUAAAAAUAUCUCUUUGUUUGGUCGUGUAGUGGAAUCCUGCAUUCAUGGGUACAAAUCAAUGGACAAAUUGAAAGAAAUCAAGUUAUUUUUUAAGGACAAGGAUACCAAGGAAUAUGAUCGACCACUUCAACAAGCAUUGGAGGCUGUGCAAGUCCAUGCUCAAUGGGUAGAACGGGAUAGUGAAAACGUGGCCAACUGGAUUACGACCCAAUUGUAAUCUGAUUAUGUA